AUGUCUAAGGAAGGAGAGAGGACCCCUUCCACAACCUCUGUCGACUCAGCCUCAACAGACGGAAGGGCUAAAGACUCCCCAUCAGGUUCAGUCUCUGAAUCACCCAAGAAAUCAUCAAAGAAGUCCAAGAAAAGCACUGAGAGUAUGAACAAAGUCUACACUUCUGUGCUCAACAGUGUUUUUGGGGCAGAAAGAGAACUGGCUCAGGCUGAGUUAGAUGAGCUGCAGGAGGCCUUCAAAGAGUUUGACUACGACCAAGAUGGCUACCUGAACUACAAGGAUGUGGCUGAGUGCAUGAGGACAAUGGGAUACAUGCCCACAGAAAUGGAGCUGCUGGAGAUAGUACAACAGAUAAAGAUGAGAAUGGGUGGAUUAAUGGACUUUGAGGACUUUACUGAGCUGAUGGGACCCAGGAUGAUGGGAGAGACUGCUGACAUGCUGGGACUCAAGGAGCUCCAAUCUGCCUUCGUACAGUUUGACCUGGAUGGAGACGGAAAGAUCAACCAGGAAGAGAUGAAGGAGGCAGUGAAGUCGAUGCUGGGAGAGAAGCUGAAGAAAGGAGAACUGGAGGAGAUCCUGAAGGAGCUGGACAUUAAUGCAGAUGGAAACAUCGACUUUGAAGAGUUCGUGAUGAUGCUCUCCAUCCGCUAGCUGCUGAAAAGACUGGCCACAUGGACAGACUACACAAACGCUUCUGAAUCAUUCCAUGGAUAGUUAAAACAGCUAUUUACCAAGUGGUCCAUGUUGGUUACUACUGUUUGAAAUGUAGGUAUAGAUAUCUACUACAUAAUGUGUGCCUAAUUCUGUAAUAAUUGUAUGAAUAAUGAAUUGCUAAAGGACUGAGAAUGAUUCUGUAUGGCAUCAAAUACAAUGAAAGCUGUCAGCAGGGUGUUCUUUUGGUAGAUACAUGAACUUUUUGCAGUGAUAAAUCUUGUAAAUAAGACUGGAAUGUUUUGCUAUUUUAAUAAAGAAA